AUGGCAGGGUUCAUUGGGAUGGCAUUGUCAUAUGGUCUCUCAUUGAAUUUGGCUCUUGUAUUCGCAACUCAAAACCAGUGUGCAUUAUCAAAUAGCAUCAUUUCAGUGGAAAGGCUAUGCCAGUACAUGAACAUUCCUAGUGAGGCUCCAGAAGUCAUAGAUGAAAAUCGGCCUGAACCAAGUUGGCCUGUUAUGGGUAGAGUUGAGAUCCAUGAUUUAAAGAUUGAUAUACUAAAAUACUUGAUUGAAGCAGAUGAUACUCCACUUGUUCUUCAAGGGAUUACUUGCACAUUUGAAGGAGGACACAAGAUUGGAAUUGUUGGCAGAACUGGCAGUGGGAAGACAACUCUGAUAAGUGCUUUAUUUAGAAUAGUAGAAGCAUUCGAAGGAAAAAUUGUCCUAGACGGCGUUGACAUCUCAACGAUUGGACUUCAUGAUUUAAGAAUGCGGUUGGGAAUUAUACCUCAAGAUCCUACUCUCUUUGAAGGAACUGUGAGAUACAAUUUGGAUCCACUCUCUCAACAUAGUGACCAGGAAAUUUGGGAGGUUCUCGAGAAAUGUCAGCUUCGGGAAACUGUUCAAGAGAAAAAACCGGGUUUAUGUAGUCUAGUUGAACAAGAUGGUGGAAACUGGAGCAUGGGACAACGGCAACUAUUUUGCUUAGGUCGAGCGCUUUUGAGGAGAUAUCAGAUAUUGGUGCUUGAUGAAGCUACUGCUUCAAUUGACAAUGCAACAGAUUCUGUACUUCAAAGAACCAUACGUACCGAGUUCGAGAGUUGCACUGUUAUCACAGUAGCUCGUAGGAUACCGACCGUAAUGGAUGAUAGUACAAUGGUGCUCUCAAUCAGUGACGGAAAGAUAGUGGAAUAUGAUGAACCAACGAAAUUGAUGAAUGAAGAGGGAUCGUUAUUCGGGGAGCUUGUAAAGGAAUACUGGUCACACAUCAACUCUGCAGAUCCCUAA